GAAAGGACUGCCCCUUUCGAUCAUAAGAGCUGUUCUUAUCUGUGUCUCCCCCCAUCCUGCGGGGGCCGUCGAGAGCGGGGGGCCAGGCUUGCUCUCGCUCUCUCUCCCCCCUCCCCUCUGUCUCGCUCUCCUCUCUCUCUAAGUCAGAUCCUCUGAACAUCACGGCAGCUUCAGCAGACCAAACUCCUUCUUCUCGUCUCCUCGACACGGACAUGACGGCGCGGAGCUCCUGAGACGAGGUCCUUCCUCUUUACUGCAGCAGUCGUGGCUGGGGUAGAACUUCAGCUUGUGUCUCAGACAUCAUGGGUCACAAAAAGAAGCCCACGGCUCUAGUGAUUCUCACUGUGUUCCUAGGGUUCCUUGAAACGUUCUGCACGGCUCAGAAGGAUAUGAGAUUGAGCUGUCGAACGGCCCCCAGUGAUUUGGUUUUCAUCUUAGACGGCUCUUGGAGUGUAGCAGACACCAACUUCGAAAUAGUCAAAAGAUGGCUGGUGAACAUCACCACCAGCUUCAACAUCGGCCAGAAGUUCACCCAGGUGGGUGUGAUCCAGUAUAGUGACAACCCCCACCUGCACAUUCCCUUGGGAAGCCACCAUUCCAGCGAGGAACUCAUCAGGGCCAUGGAGUCCAUCGAGUACAUGGGUGGAAACACCAGGACGGGUGAAGCUAUUCAGUUCACCAGCGAGAGAGUGUUUGACAUGUCAGAACGUGGCCCGAACGGCGUGGCCAAGAUAGCCAUUGUGCUGACGGACGGGAAGUCGCAGGAUGACGUGGCCGUGGCUGCGGAGGCUGCCAGGAAGAAGGGAAUCAUCCUGUUCGCCAUCGGAGUGGGGCAGGAAACUGAGGAGGCUGAGCUGAGGGCCAUCGCCAACAAGCCGCCUUCCACGUACGUCUUCUACGUGGAGGACUAUGUCGCGAUCACCAAGAUCCGCGAGGUCAUCCGUCAGAAGCUCUGUGAAGAAACUGUCUGCCCUUCGAGGAUCACGGUGGAAACUCGCGAUGAGAAGGGUUUUGACAUGCUGCUACACCUGGACUUUGCCAAAAAGGCGAAAAAGACUCAGGGAUCUUUUCAAGGCACAAAAGCUUAUCAGGUGACCCCAAGAGUUGAUUUAAGUGAAAGUACAAGGCUGCUCUUUCCUGAUGGCUUACCCCCUUCCUACGUCUUCGUGGCCACACUGAAGUACAAGGGAUCAGUGGUCAUGGAGAUGUGGGAUUUGUGGAGAGUACAGACCCAGGAGGAGAAGCCUCAGAUGGCAGUCACCCUGAAUGGAAUCAACCGUACGGUCAUGUUCACCACAACCAGCUUUGCACCGAGUGGCACCCAGACCGUGGUCUUCUCAAAAGCGCCAGCCAGGAAACUGUUUGAUGAAAUGUGGCAUCAGCUCCGCCUGCUUGUCACAGAGCAGGACGUCACGCUCUACGUGGAUGACAUGGAGAUCGAGACGCUGGCUCUUGAACCCCCAGAUGGCAUCUUCAUUAACGGGAAGACGCAAGUCGGGAAGUAUGUCAGCAAAGAAACGACCGUACCGUUCGAGAUUCAGAAGCUGAGGAUAUACUGUGACCCGGAGCAGAAUAACAGGGAAACCGCCUGUGAGAUUCCUGGAGUGGAUGGAGAGUGUUCCAACGGUCCCCGGGACAUCGACCCCACCCCGGAACCAUGCACCUGCCCCCCUGGCCCACCCGGGGCUCCAGGCCUGAAGGGUGAAGAGGGACGACAUGGAGGCCCAGGCCAAGCUGGACCUGCUGGAGCUGAGGGUAAGCCUGGUGUUCCCGGUGUCAGAGGAAAUCCAGGCCUUCCAGGCUCACCUGGCAUGCAGGGUCCACGUGGUACCGAUGGAUACAAGGGUGAAAAAGGAGAGCCUGGCGAUCGGGGUGAGAGAGGCUCUUCGGGUUUUCCUGGGUUACCGGGACUACGAGGUGAAAAGGGUUCGACCGGGUCUCCAGGAUUACAGGGGUCACCUGGCCAGGAUGGCAAGGUGGGAGAGAAGGGGAGCAUGGGACCUGCCGGACUGCUUGGACUUCCAGGGGCUCCUGGACGUCCUGGCCUUGACGGGAAAGAUGGGGAGCCAGGCAGUGACGGCCAGAAGGGAGGAGCUGGAAAGCCUGGCCUCCCUGGGACUGACGGACAUGAGGGACACCCUGGGAUUCCUGGUUUGCCUGGACGUCCAGGAGCAGCAGGCCCAAAGGGGGAGGCAGGAGAACGUGGACAAAAGGGGGUGCGAGGAUCUCCAGGGCCCUCGGGGGAGGCGGGCUUGGCGGGGAUGCCAGGCCCUGCCGGAAAACCUGGAUCAAAGGGCAGUAAAGGCGAUGGGGGUCAGCCUGGUGCAGCAGGAACCGCAGGGCUCGAGGGUAAACCGGGUGAAGCAGGAAUGGCGGGGGAACCAGGACACCCGGGUCUGCCAGGGAUGAAAGGGAGCAAGGGAGAAGGUGGAAGUCCAGGUGACAGAGGAGCAGAGGGUCCAAAAGGAGAAAAGGGAGAAAACGGGAGGAACGGCGAGCAGGGAAUUACAGGCCACCCAGGGAAAAAAGGGGAGAAAGGGUCAGCAGGAGAACCAGGAAUGAGGGGGCAAAAUGGCCAUCAAGGACAGCCGGGGCAGCGAGGACAGAUGGGCGCUUCUGGCGCACAAGGGCCCAGUGGGUCACCGGGCCCAGCAGGACCACCGGGACCGGAGGGCAGACCAGGAAGGGAAAUAUCUGAGCAGCACAUUCGGCAGAUUUGCCGGGACAUUCUCAGGUCUGAGAUUCCAGCCCUCAUACAGAACACUCAGCCAAGGGGCUGUGACCACUGCCAAACGCGUCCAGGGGGCCCAGGCCCUCCGGGCCCAGCUGGACCACCAGGAUCCAGGGGCUUUCCUGGGAUACCGGGCUCCAACGGCAUGCAGGGGAAUCCUGGUCUGCCAGGGGAUUCUGGAGUCCCUGGGCUAAAAGGAGAUCCAGGUGAAAAAGGUGAGAAAGGAAGUCAAGGAAGAGUUAUGGCAGGGGACCAGGGUCCUCCAGGACUCCCAGGUCCAACGGGACCCCCAGGAGUGGGCAAGUUGGGCUACCCAGGCAAGCCCGGACCCCCAGGUCCACAAGGGGACGAAGGGAAGCGGGGCAGUCCCGGGGAUGCAGGCCAGCCGGGGGUGUGCCACCCCUCCCUCUGCUAUGGUGUCUUGAUGCGCAGGGAUCCGUUUAGGAAAGGACCCAAUUAUUAACGGAACCUGGCAGAAGUGACCUGGCAUCUUUACAAUGCAAGAAAAUCAACUGGGAAUAAAGGGAGGUUUUUCCAGUCUCAGGAAGAUCACUUUUUAAUAGUAUUGAGCUCCUUAAUGGGGAUACAGAAGUACCUCUGUCUGUUUGUUAAAGGAACAUCAGAAUACCAGGGAAUCUUUGAGCAUGUCAUCCCAACUCCCUGCUGACUGGUACGCAUGGACCGAAUCCUGAGGUUGUGAUGAGUGAGUCCACGCCAGAUCACACAAACAGAAUUAAUGAAUUAAUUGCAAGAAAAUUCAUUAGCGACAGCCAGGUGCACUUCUUCUCCAAAUGGGGCCUGAGAUUGACAUGCAGGCCUGCCUCCCGUCUGGGCCUGAGAUUGACAUGCAGGCCUGCCUCCCGUCUGGGCCUGAGGUGAUGUGGAGGCCAGGUGCUGUCACACAUGGCUCCAGUCUGCCGCAGCCUGGUGUGGACCUCAGCCUGACAAGAAGAGAUGACAGUACAUAACACAGAGAUAACCUUCCUGAUCCACAGCAUUGUAAUCCUUAAAGCCCAAGGACUCCCUCUCGCAUCCCAGUGGCCCCUCCAGAAAUAUCACACCAUUUCCAGGGCGCCUGAGGAAUCCAUCGCAAACUGCUCCUCCUUUUACAUUUUUUACCUUGGGCCACUUCGUCCUUGUAGCUUAGUAGCCCCUCUUUGUAGCAUUAGUAUAAUACUUGCUUAAUAUUAAGAGAAAUCACAGUCAUCAAUAAUCAUGAGGAAACUGAACUGUUGUCCUAAGAAAACUAAACAACACGCAAAUCCUACAGAUUAAUUGCUGGAGUUUAAAUUCCUAGAGGGCUGUAUAACUUUUGGAUCGAGCAAAACAGUCAUUGGAAAGUUUAUCGUUUAUAUACACAUUCAACUUUCAGUGAGAAACCUGCUCUGUUUGCUUCUUUUAUAAAUCAAAAUCAUUGUGAUCUGCUGUUUAUCACAAUGAUCCACUCGUCACAUUAAUUUACUCAUAUGAAUUUAAUACUUGCAAGUGAACCUCAGAUUCUGAAUUAACAAUAAUAAUCAUGACAUUGUGGCCAUAGCCAGUAUCCCUCAAUGCUGGUGUGCAAAAUGUAACCCUAUUUAUGCCUUAAUGUAGCUUAGGGUAGUUUCCAAAAUGUCUCUUAAAAUCGAGGUGUUUGCAGAGCAUUUGCUUCAGUCCUCUCUACAUGGGUAUAUUUAUUUUUUAAAUGAACUCCUCGAGAGUUAAUUCCGCUUUGCUGGUUAAUGUGAGUUUAAAACGCCGCUCCAGGGGAACGCCGACUUGCGGUUUUAUGUAAAUUCUCACCCACCGCCUUAUUGGUGUUAUUUAAAUUAGUUUCAUUUCAUGUAUACUAAGGACCUUUAUUUGUGCGGAAGUCUUUUUAUUCAUUAAUGUUAUUACUUUUUUUGUUGAUAUGACUUUUGUAUUACCAUGUGGUAUCAUUAAUAAAUACGUUUUUUUAAAGA